CCCUUUAUUCACUUUUCUUCCUGCUUCUCAAUUGAAAACUUCCUAAAAUGACGAUAACUUGCAAUAUUAAGUUCGAAAAUAACCCCCAAGGCAUCUACUUUGCGGGACAAAAUCUGGCAGGAAGUGUCGAACUGAAUCUUGGCGUCGCGAAAAAAGUAAAAGCAAUUAGUUUGAAAAUUUGUGGUUUCGCAUAUACGCAUUGGAGCGAAUCGGAAACGUAUCGCGUUAAUGGCAAAAAUCACACGCGGAUCGUUCAUUACCGAGGUCGCGAGGAUUAUUUGAACAGCACGACAUACCUCAUUGGGUCUCCGCAUGCGAAUGAAAUUGAAAUUCUUCCGGGAUUGCAUACGUAUAAUUUUGCCUGCCUUCUUCCGAGUAACAUGCCGUCGUCAUUUGAGGGUCCUUACGGGCAUAUUCGAUACACAGUUAAAGUAACGCUUGAACGCCCAUGGAAAUUCGAUCAAACUUAUAAAGUUGGAUUUACCGUUUUGAAGCAACUUGACCUGAAUUACGAUAAUCCUGACUUGCGAUUGCCCGUGCAUGCGGAAACCAUCAAAUAUUUUUGUUGUUGGCCUUGCAAAUCGGGUCCUUUGCUGCUGAAUGUCAAAUUACCCAUCGGAGGAUACGUGCCGGGACAAACAAUUCCCAUAACUUUGACGAUUGACAACGAAUCCCGCGAAAAAAUCGAUGAAAUCACGUUCAAAUUGAAAAAAAUCGUUCGUUGCUUGAGUCAAACCCCCCGACAAAAAGUCAAGGAGGAACGAGUUGUUGUCGUUAUGAAACGCGGCGGAGGUUGCGAUAAAUUCCAGAAGAAACAAUACCAAUAUAGCUUGUUAAUUCCCGCGUUGCCGCCAACGAACUUGAGUUUCUGUAAAAUAAUUCAAAUUUCGUACGUGUUGAAAGUCAAACCGAUUGUCGCGGGAAUGCACAAAGACAACAAAUUGACGAUCCCGAUAGUGAUUGGAACAGUUCCUUUGACAGCAGAUCGAAAUGGAAGUGUUGGAUGGGUGAAUUUGGCUGCGGAAUUGAGCGAUGGACCGAAUUCGAUGCAAGAAAGACCAACAGCGCCAGUUGAAGAACAUCCCGAUGUCGUUUGUGUGCCGUCGUAUGAUGAUGCAGUUAAAAGAACAAGUCUUCAACCUCCAUCUUAUGAGGAGUCAAUGUACGGAAGUGUGAAUAUUGAUGAGCCAGAAGAAAGUCAUCCUUUGGGAAAUCCAAAUACUUAUACACCGAGAUAUCCCGUUUAUCACUUUGGCACUGUUCAACCUUCAGCUCCUCCAACUUCUAAUGAAACUAAAAUCAGUACUGAAUUAUAAAAACUUUU